AUGCUUACGGAAGUGUGUGAACCUGGUUUGGGUGAAGUGAAAACAACGAAGAAUACGGUGACAGAUACGAAGGCCACCUUUAGCAUCUACGAAAACAAGACAUUUGGAUCCGAAGGUCAUUCUAGAAAUGCAGUAAUGUCCGAUAAGAGGAAGAUACUGAUGGAAUCCAGAGAGCAGCAGUGGGCACUAGAAUCAUCCAGAUAUGAUGAUCUUGUAGAGUUAUUCAAUAAGCCACUUAUUCAGUCUAAGCUUGUUCGGGAAAUGUUCGAGGAAGGAGUUGAUAAAUACGUGGAUAGAAUGCAAGCGCAGUGUGAUAGAGGUUAUGAUGAUGGUGCUUAUACCGCCAGCAGUGAUCCGAAUGAGGAUAGCCCGGGUAGCUCCGAUGAGAAUGAGGAAUGCAGCUCGGCGUCCCUCGUUGAAGAGCUGGAAAAGAAGUAUUUAUGUAAUGUGGACAUUGAUGAAUCGAUCAUCCUGCUGAAGUCCAUGACGGGUACAAGUCCAUGUAAGUUGGCUAGUGAACACACCCUUUUGCUGCUUGUACUCAAUCACAAAUACAUUGAUCGAAUCGGUGAUAAGGUCCAAUUUCUAUCAAUCUGCAGAUAUGCUCGAGAGGUAGAUUUGGCUUGGAACAGGCUCUCAUCAUGGGAAGAAAUCACUGCCAUUUUUUCUUUACCUAGACUGGAGGUACUAAACUUGGGAUACAACCCACUACAGUCAUCUUUGACGGUAUCAAGCCUUCCUCUUGCCAUGAAUUUGGAAUUGUUUAUAUUAAAUGGGACGGAUUUACCGAUGUCAACAGUACGAAAGUUAUUAAACAAAAUGCCAAAAUUAAAAGAAUUGCAUCUGUCGGAAAACAGAAAUCUAGAAAACUGUAUUGAUGUUAGCGACGAAGUCGUGUCAGAAUCACUGGAGUCCUUGCAUGUGAGCAAAUGUGAUAUCGAGCGCUGGGAAACAGUAACUUCUUUAUGGAGAUUCUUUCCGAAUUUAACGUCGUUGUCUCUGUGUGAAAAUCCUAUUCGCUCUACAUAUUGUAAAUUGAAAACAAAUAACCUUAAUUGUUUAAAUGGUGUUCAUCGAUUGAGUUUAAACAAAUGUCUGAUCGAUAAUUGGAGUUCCAUUGAACAUUUAGCGGAUAUAAAUACUUUACAAGAUUUGCGGAUCAUCGCGAUUCCUUUGUGGGAAAAGUAUGCAAAUGAUGAGCAUUUCCAUCUGGUGGUUGGGCGUAUUCCGCAGCUGAAGAUUCUAAACGGGUCAGUUAUAUCCGCUGAGCAAAGGGAACAGUCCGAAAGGUACUAUGAUGUUCGUGAAACUAAGCCGAAAAUAUUUGCUAGAUUAAUUGAGCGACAUGGGCAUGUGGAACAGCUGUGUAAGGUUGAUAUGACUCCGAAGAAAUAUGCUGUUAUCGCUGUGAUAUGCGAAGAAACUGGAUACAAUGCAAGUCUGAAAAUACGUUUAACGCAAACAGUCUCUUGUCUGAUGCACAUGCUUGAAAAGUUAACAAGAAUUCCUGUAAGACGUAUGCGGCUGUUUUAUAUGAACAGUACUAAUCCAUUCCCUGAUGAGUUGCGUUUCCCAAGUCAAAUGCUUCAAGCGUUGCAUAUCGAGGAUGGUGAUAAGAUCUGUGUUCAGGAUAUGACUUAUAUUCUUUUUGAAAGUUCCUUUAUUCAUAUUAUACCCACUGCCUUGGUUGUAGUACCAGCUAUCGGAACAACGAAUAACCUUGCAGUUGCUUAA